GAAUGACGUCAGCUGCCCGGUUCUUCCAAACUCGACGUGAGACAGCCUACUGUCAACCUCGGAAGGCUGAGGGCCGUGUUGAUAAUCUUGAAACUUUUCUCACCGUACAACAAUAGGAGAAAAACGGUACUAAACGGAGGAAAGGUUUUCUCGAAAUGCUUGUUGAGUAAUGAUACUCAACGUAAUCGACACAGUGCGUACCUCCGCAUUUGAAUGGCAAGACCUCGAGAGGAGUUUUAUUGAGUCAUUCGCCUCUAUAUCAAGAAAGAGCCGAGCACAUUAUUUACAAGAGCUGCUAGCUGACUGCAGUCACAAAUUCGGCGCAUCGACCGAGUUGCCUAUUACCGCUAUCGUAGAAAUUGGCGGCAGAAUCGAUGGAGUUAGCGCUCAUGUACAGGGCAUGUUCCCAGUAUCGAUGCGGACUUACCUCCGCAUGAGUAGGGCCGAGGACAACAGGCGAACCUUUGGAACAUGCGAACAGCAAGAACAGCAAGUCCCAAGGCAACGGAUCCUCGACUCAUCAAUACCUCACUUCCCGAACAAUGUCCCAACACAUUGGAUCACGGUCUUGGAAGAUCACAAUGGCAUCGACUCGCUAUCUUCGACAUCCCUAGGUUCACUGAUCGGCACUUUCCAAAAGCUUGAUUAGCCGCCCCUUUGCUUGUUCCGACAAGCUCGACCAAGCAAUGCGGGGUAAAUGCGCGCUAGUCCGUGUAUCGCCCACCC